UUGGUCAGGAUAGGGUGCCAGCUGAUCGUUCCGCAAAACUCAACCAAGUAUAAUCGCGAGAGAGAAAGAAUCCCUUCGCUUAUCUUUCCUUUGAAUUUUUCUCGGGCUCGGGCCCGUCAAAAUGAAAGCAUGGUCGCAUCAGUGUCGCAGUCAUCAACAUCAAAACCGUUCUCGGGGCGUUACUCGGUCGGCCGGGAUUUCUUCUCCCUACAUAGAUAUCGGGAUUCAGCAUUAGCGAAGCUAGUUAUCGACUACGAUAUCUACCACAGACAGUUAGCUAUGGUUACCUACGGCUAACCACGGCAACGGAAAGGAAAGGAGCGGGAGCGGGAGCGCGUGCGACGCGCUUGAUUAUACAGGAUAUAUUGUGGUGUGUGUGGUAUCUAUGAAUGAAUCCUGUUGCGCAGACCGGCAACUUCCAUCGUAAGGUAGUCGAUAAGCGUUUCGCGCUUCGUGGACGCGCGCGGUUCGCGGCGGAGCUCCGAAAUUGACGAGAGCAUCGCUGUACCGUCACGUCGUCCGUCACCCUCGACUCGUCUAAUCGCGCAUCAUGAUACACGAUCGCGAACGGAGCUACAAAUUUGGGCGUGAGCGUUUCUCCAUCAACCGUGCGUCGUGAGAGCACGUUGCUAGCACGGGCUAGGGAGAGCGGUAUAUUUUGGCUGGAGCUUUCGAGGGGAUCGCGAGUUUCGAAGUGUGCGUGUCUCGAGGGAAACACAGGCGUGGAUAAAAAUUAGUGCGUCGAGUUUCGACUGUCUUUCAACUUUGCGUGUCGCGUCGAAAGCGAGGCGGUGCGGUGGGCGUGUGUGGUGCGGGGAUGAACUGCACGGCGAGUGUAAAGUGAAAUAAAGAGGUGGAGGAAGAGCGGAGAAGGAGGAUUGGGGCGCUUCCUGUCCCUGUCCUGUGCCUGUCUCGGUGCCGAUCUAAAAAAAAGUUUCGCAGGUAGAAUCGCGCGAUCGAAUGUCUUUUCGAUGUGACGAAAAUGAUGAAGUGUGGGAGAGAGUGGGCUUUGAGUGAAGGCUUCGAUACCUCGAAUCAUGACAGAGGCGUUGGACGAUGGUAACUAUCUGGUGAGGGUCCGCGCCCAGGUAAUGACGAGAGAUGAUAGUUCAGGUGGUUGGGUUCCUUUGAGCGGUGGUGGCUUGGCAAAUGUCUCGGUUAGACGUAGGAUUACUUCAUCAGGAAUACAUCAAACAAACAAUACCAAUGGAAACAGUAUUUCUACUACAACUAAUUCUGCACAUCCUGUAUCGAAUACUACUGUUGGUCUUCAGAGUCAUGGAUCUUUUAAUAUCUCUCCACCAGGCGCAAAUAAAAGAAAGCAUGAGUACCUUAUUUAUGGCAAACGCAUUACAGAUCAAUCGGUUGUCCUUAGCUGUAUAAUUAAAAAAGAUUUUGAAUAUAAUAAAGUAAUGCCAACCUUUCAUCACUGGCGAACGGGAGAAAAAAAAUUUGGAUUAACAUUUCAAACUGCUGCCGAUGCAAGAGCAUUCGACAAAGGAGUUCGAACAGCAGUUGAGGAAUUGUUGGAAGAUUGUGCAAAUGGCUUGUCUGAUUUAACAUUAACCACCAAUGCUCCAGAUGCUGGGGACGAAGAUGUUUUUAUGACUUUGAAUUUGCCAGUGGAACCACCUGAGCCACGUUCUUCUUCAGAUACACCUCAUGGAAUAGUUCGAGUACCAAAUUAUUCUCAAUAUUCAGAACUUCACGCCGAUUCACACCGAUCUAUUCAUCAUAUUGGUGGUUCUUCCGUUAAGGGUCCACCAUCGCAACAUCCCUUGGCAUCUGCUGCAGAUAUCGGAUCAGAUAAUUAUCCUUAUGUGCAACUUACGACGCUUAACCAUGAAUAUUUAUACCCAAUCAUCGAUGAUCACAAAAGUGAAAGAUUAGAUGGACAUAAUACUUCCAAUAGUGGAAGUUCUCUGAAGAAGCCAGAUAUUAUAAUAUCACAACCUUCAAAAAAUACUAUGAAACGUAAUGUACGUUUACGUUGCAAGCAUUGUCAAGAGCUAUAUUCGGAACAGCAUAAUCCGAAAGGUUCCUGCGAAUACGCUCCUGAUCCAAUUAGACGUGGAAUUGCGAAAGUUUCUUGUUUAUCAUGUGCCCAAUGUAUGUUAUAUCAUUGCAUGAGUGACGCUGAAGGUGAUUUUGCACAAAAUCCUUGUAGUUGUAGCACAGAAGAGGGAUGCGGACGCAGAUGGUUUGGUUUAGCCUUGUUAUCAUUGAUCGUUCCUUGCUUGUGGAUAUAUCCUCCACUUAGAGCUAUACAUUGGUGCGGGAUGUCCUGUGGAAUGUGCGGCGGGCGUCACCAUCCUAUGGAAUAACUGGAGGAACCCUUUGAUGUCUCUGCUCCGUAUUCAAUUGGAUCAACCAACUUUUCUGCAUCGUAUAAUGCAGUCGCCAAUGUGUAUGAAUGUCAUGAUCUGAGUAUGGGUCGUUGUCAGAGAUAUCAAAGGGGUAGACAACUUCCGGUACAUGCACUUAUUCAUCAACGUCAUCUUUAAAACAAAAUACAGUCAAAGUGGAAAUACCCAAUUUAGCACAAGAUGUCGCAUAGCUCCAACAUAAUGUAUAUUCCGUACAUUUUGUAUAUUUUAUUAGAACAAAAUAUGUUAUUUAGUCUCACCUGUACAUUAAACAAUUUGUGGUAAACUAGUAUUUACAGUUUGAAUGAUUAAUCUAUGGAAAGCACAUCAAAUGGAUUCAGACCAACUAUUUGUGAUACAUGGUGCACAUUGUGAGAGUGUAACUUCUGUGAGUUGACACAAAAAAAUUAAUUUUUCUGUUUUCAAUUUGACACUAAUUUUUACACAU